AUGGCUUCUCCUAGCGAACAUAUGCCCCUGCUGGGGCCCUCCAAGGUUCCAAGUCAGCCGUCUCGAUGGCGACUCCUCGCCUUGAUCUGCUUCGUGGUUCUCGUCCAGGAUUUCGCCGAGUAUAUCGCCCGGGCGCCCCAGACCGAAAUCUGGCUCGAGAUCGAUGGACCGGGAUGUAUGGACCGCGUGCAGGGCGAGGUGGCCCUCGUGGAGGGUUGGAAGGAUACACUGGAGCAGGUUCCGGGGAUCUUGUUUGCAGUGCCCUAUGGUGUGCUGGCGGACCGAAUUGGACGCCGACCCAUCCUGCUCCUAUGCGCGCUGGGAUUCACGCUGAGUGAUAUAUGGGUGAAAAUUGUCUGCUGGUUCUCUGACAAGCUUCCGCUGCGACUGAUCUGGCUUGCCCCAGUUGCUGAAGUCGUCGGUGGCGGCACUCAAGUGGCCACCUCUAUUAUGUUUGUCAUGCUGGCCGAUAUCUUCGACGACGAAGAGCAGACCACCGCCUUUCUCUAUGUCUCAGCCACGGCUCUGCUCAGCGAAAUCCUGGCCACGCCGCUAGGAACACUGCUCAUGACGAAGAACGUCUGGCUGCCGUAUCUACUCUCCACCAUGGGAACUGCCGGCGGCGGGCUCCUCCUUCUCUUCCUCCCGGAGACAUUGCCGCAGAGGCUGCCUUCCUCCCCCGGCCAACCGCCGUCUGAACGAGAAGCGGACAAACGGGACAUCCAGGGUCGCGUACGAGCCGGGAUGGAUGAAUUACGCAGGUCGACUGCAGUAAUCCGGCGCCAUCGCAGCGUGCAAUUAUUCUUGUUUGUGUUCUUCGCCGCCUAUCUUGGGAGGCAGGUCAUGAAGGUGUUGCUGCUCUUUGCUGCCAAUCGGUUCCACUGGACAAUUGCUCAGGCCAGCCUCCUCAUUUCCGUCCGAGGAUUUACCAAUCUCCUUCUGCUGGUCGUCAUCGUCCCCAUCCUAUCGCGAUGGCUCCUGCGGCGAUGGGGUAUGACCCCGCUGUCUAAAGACACGGGGCUGGCCCUGGCGAGCAGCGCCUGCUUGGGCGUGGGAUGUCUGCUGAUCGCAGUUUCAAUUCAUCCGGCAGGUGCAGUGACAGGGCUGGUGGUGUUUGCGUUGGGGUCGGCGAUGCACCUGCUCGCGCGGCGCAUCAUCACGUCGCUCGUCGACGCACACUACCUGGGGACGCUGUACACGGCGAUUGCGGUGAUGCAGGGGAUCGGGGUGGUGGUGGCGGGACCGACGAUGGCCUUGGCAUAUGGCUGGGGACUGGCGCAGGGGGGUGUGUGGACGGGGGCGCCGUUUCUGCUGGUGGGCGGACUGUAUGGGGCGGCCGGACUGGCGAUCCUGCUGGGGAGUUGGAACGGUGGGAGGGGCGAUCUGGAGAGUGGCUAG